GUCGGGCGGCGCCGGCCCAAAAGGCGGAGCCGAGCAGCAAAGAGGCCAGAGCUGUGAUCGCGGUGCCGGCUGUGCCGCGGAGAAGCCAGCAGGAACCAGACCCGGAGGAGUCCCUCGUCCCGGCCUGGCCUAGCCCGGCCCUGCGCUAUGGAGUUCCUUUGGGCCCCUCUCUUAGGUCUGUGCUGCAGUCUGGCCGCUGCUGACCGCCACACCGUCUUCUGGAACAGUUCAAAUCCCAAGUUCCGAGAUGAGGACUUCACGGUACAUGUGAGGCUGAAUGACUACCUAGACAUUAUCUGUCCCCAUUACGAGGAUGACUCUGUAGCAGAUGCUGCCAUGGAGCGGUACACACUGUACAUGGUGGAGCACCCAGAGUAUGUGGUAUGCCAGCCCCAGUCCCAGGACCAGGUCCGCUGGAAGUGCAACCAGCCCAGUGCCAAGCAUGGCCCAGAGAAGCUAUCUGAGAAGUUCCAGCGCUUUACACCUUUCACCUUGGGCAAGGAAUUCAAGGAAGGACAAAGCUACUACUACAUCUCUAAACCAAUCUACCAUCAAGAAAACCAGUGCUUGAAGUUGAGGGUUACUGUCAUUGGCAAAAUCACUCACAGUCCUCAGGCCCAUGCAGAUUCACAGGAGAAGAGACUUCUAGCAGAUGACCCGGAGGUGCAGGUGCUACACAGCAUUGGUCACAGUGCUGCUCCCCGCCUCUUCCCCUUGGUCUGGGCUGUGCUGCUCCUGCCACUGCUGCUGCUGCAAACUCAGUGAAGGUGUAUGCCACACCUGGCUUAAGGAUUGGAAAUGGGCUAAAGGGCAGGGACAAGCACCCCUGAAGUACCCCCUUGGGGCCAGUCCCACUGCUCCAGCCCUGGGAACCACUCCUACUACAUGCACAAACUGCCACCCGAAGCCUCAGAAUGGGUCAGUAUUAAGGGUUCCAACCCAAAGGAAUUCUCUGUCUCUGCUUCAGAGGGAUGGAGAAAGAAAUGGGGAAGGUUCUUUCCCUGCCAGUCCUGCCUUUAAGCCAAAGAAACAAGCUGUGCAGACCCGGCCCCCUUAAGAGGGCCCAGUGGGAGAUGAGCCAGAGGGGCUGAGGUCAUGCAGUUAGACACUGAGCUUGGCAAAGGUGCCCAUCCCAGAGAGAGCCAAGAUGUCCAGAUGAACUGACUGCUUAAGACGGCUUCCUGCAUGGGAGCCAGGUACAGGAGAGGCAGCAUGCUUGGGCUGACCCAGCAUCUCUGCAAGACUUCUACCUGUGGAGCCACCAGAGAGGUUUGUAGCCAGGCACUGCAUUCUCACCAUCCUGGGGCAGCAUUCUCUGGAGCUGUGCCAGCAGGGAGACUGUACCAACCUGAUUUUAGAGUAUAGCUAUAAGGGCAGUGCCCAUGUGUACAGUCUGCCUAGAGUGGAGCCUAAAGGGCGGGACCCAUAUGUACAGUAUCUGUAUAUGAACUUGCUGUAUGUCUGCUGAUUUCUACAACUGGAGUUUUUUUAUACAGUGUUCUUUGACUCAUAAUAAAGCAAUGUUUUUGUUUUUAUUGA